GUCAUCAAAGAAAAGUCACAUUUGAAUGAGACGGGAACAAAAGAGAAGAAGCCACCAGAUUCAACAGAAGGGACCAUCCAGAAGAGCCAGUCCCACUCUCAGGAAGAUGUUGAUAAACUCAACAAGGAAAAUGCCGAGAGGGAAAGUUCUGUUCUGCCUCAGAUCGAUCCUCCCAAAUUUCGUACUGAAGGGCCGGAGAAGAAAGGAGAAAGUUUGGCUUUUGAAAGCUGUUACAAAUACAGGAGAAGCUCUGUUCAGAAAUCCUUCACUACAGAAAAGCAGCAAGAAAAUGUUGUUGAUGAUGCUUGUCAAAGGAUAACUGAGCAGGAGAGCAAGUCCUCAGCAGAUGGGGAGAGAAAGGAGGAACGUCAGGUGUCUAAAGAUAAAAAACAAGAGGAGAAGGAGAAUGAAGAGGAGGGAAAUGCUGGUAAGAGUGAAAAAGGUGAGGAACCACCAGCUCCUUCCCAAAGUGAAGAUGAGGCAGGACAAAGCCAUGAUCAAGAGAUACCAGAGGGAAGGUGUAAAGGCUGCGAAAAAGAUGAUAGUCCUACUCCACCAGCGCCAUUUGAUCACCGGAUUGUCUCAGCCAAAAGGGUGGGGAUCAGCAGUUAUUAUAAUGUCAGCAAGCAUGAAAUCCUAGGAGGAGGGCGAUUUGGUCAAGUGCACAAAUGUGAAGAGAAAGCAACAGGUCUCAAGCUAGCAGCCAAAAUUAUAAAAGCUAAAGGUCCUAAACAGAAGGAUGAAGUAAAGAAUGAAAUCAAUGUCAUGAACCAACUGAAUCAUGUGAACCUCAUCCAGCUGUAUGACGCCUUUGAAUCAAAAAAUGACAUUGUCCUAGUCAUGGAAUAUGUGGAAGGAGGAGAGUUAUUUGACCGAAUUAUUGAUGAAAACUACAAUUUGACAGAGAUGGACACUAUCUUGUUCAUAAAGCAGAUCUGCGAGGGAAUUCAGUACAUGCACCAAAUGUACAUUCUUCAUUUGGAUCUCAAGCCUGAGAAUAUCCUGUGUGUGAAUCGAGCAGCAAAUCAAAUAAAAAUUAUUGAUUUUGGAUUGGCAAGAAGAUAUAAACCCAGGGAAAAACUUCGAGUUAACUUUGGGACUCCAGAAUUUCUUGCUCCUGAAGUUGUGAAUUACGAGUUUGUCUCCUUUCCCACAGACAUGUGGAGUGUAGGAGUCAUAGCUUAUAUGCUCCUCAGUGGAUUGUCUCCUUUUUUGGGUGAUAAUGACAAUGAGACCCUCAACAAUAUCCUUUCCUGUAGCUGGGAUUUUGAAGAUGAGGAAUUUCGAGAUGUUUCUGAUGAGGCCAAAGAUUUCAUCUCAAAGCUUCUCAUCAAGGAAAAAUGCUGGAGAAUAAGUGCAACUGCUGCCUUAAAACACCCAUGGUUAACAGACCACAAGCUCCACUGCAGAAUCCAGAUGUGUCCCAAGCAUCCCCGGCUCAAUAACCUUUCUGAAAGAUCACAGCAAUGUGGGAGAAAAAAAAAAAAUAUCAGAUAUAUGAAGCCAUAUGUGCUGCAAACCAUGGCCAUUUUAGAGUGA